GUACAACUUUAGUGAUUAUUGUAUUUUAUUUUAUUAUUAGUUUAUUUGUUUUUGCUGUUCGAGUACCGCUUUUAACUCCAGUGUCAAAACGGACAGGGUUUUGCUAUGACACGACUGUUCUGAUUUGACGCGGAAUAUCUAUAAAUAAAUCUUCCGAGUGAACCCGAAAAGAGCCGAGUGAGCGACCUGCUGCCAGGCAGUCAAACGGAGAAGACGAUCGUGUUCAGUUGCCCAGUUUGGCGAACAGAAUGGAAUGAUAGCCAUCACUUUUUGGAGCGAUGUUCAGAUUUGUUUGCCAUGGAAACUGAUACAAUACCCAACUUCUCCUCAAAAGAUGAAGAAAUAGACUUCUGGAAAGCUGUAUCUCUGCAGUACAAGAAAAGCUUCCAAGAGGCUCAGGAGGAGCUGCUGGAGUUCCAGGAGGGGAGUCGUGAACUGGAGGCUGAGCUGGAAGUUCAGCUGAGCCAGGCUGAGCACUGUAUGAAGGACCUGCAUUCUGAGAACCAAAGACUCAAGAACGAAGUGGACACACUCAAGGAUAAGCUGGAGCAGCAGUACGCUCAGAGCUACAAGCAGAUCUCUGUGCUGGAGGAUGACCUCGGCCAAACAAGAAGCAUUAAGGAGCAGCUCCACAAAUACGUCAGAGAGCUAGAGCAGUCAAACGAUGACUUGGAGAGAGCCAAAAGAGCUACAAUCAUGUCUCUGGAGAACUUCGAGCAGCGCCUGAACCAGGCCAUCGAGAGGAACGCCUUCCUCGAGAGUGAGCUGGACGAGAAAGAGUCCCUUCUCGUUUCUGUGCAGAGAUUAAAAGAUGAAGCCAGAGACCUGCGACAGGAGCUUGCUGUGCGGGAGCGGCAGGCAGAUGUAACCAGGAUGUCUGCUCCAAGUUCACCCACCCAGGACAGUGUGAAGAUGGACACUGCUGUGCAGGCCUCCUUUUCCCUCCCUGCUACCCCGCUGAGCAAAGUUCUGGACAACGCCUUUGCCAACCCAACAGUACUCUCAAAUGGCUAUGGCACCAACUCGCCCUUGACUCCCUCUGCCAGAAUAUCAGCCCUCAACAUUGUCAGUGAUUUACUACGGAAAGUAGGGGCUUUGGAAUCCAAACUUGCUGCCUGUAGGAACUUUGCCCGGGACCAGAAAGCAAGGAAGGCAUUCACUAUUGAGAACGGCAACACAAUCGUCAAUACAACCAGCUUUUCACAGUCGCUCCAUACCUCAUAUUUUGAUAAAGCGACAGAGAUGGUCACAUUCCCUGCAUUGAUUCUGGUUGUCCUAAUGCUGUGGUGGUGGUGUUGCUGCAGCAGAGCGAUGAACGGAUUGGAACCUGCAACCCUGCCAGCCAUCACCGCUUCCCCUUCUGCUACCUCGUCAGGUUUGGUGCCCCUCGCUGUGUGAUGUAACGACGCACCAAAAGAUUUGAAGACGCCUGUGUGGAAUACCAAGCAGAAAUUCAAGUGGAUAAUGCUGUCAGACACCUGGAUAUCGUUCCAUUGGACCUGCCCUCUCACACUGUUGUUAAACACCCUGUUCUUGGUGUAUUUAUGGGUCACUGUAUGUGUGUUAUAUUUGCUCUCAUCUUAUUGUACAAAGAGGGGGAACCCUCUGACACAUUUACAGAUCUUUGAGGAUCUCCACUUAUUUGUGAAAUAGUUGCAUAUUAUAAAAAAAAGAAUUAUUAAAUUGUAAUGUGUUCUUGGUUGGAAAAAUUUUCAGAACAUAGCUAAUGUGUACUAUACAUUUUCCUGUGUUUAAGCCCUUCUUCAUAUAGCAAUAACAUCUUAAGUGCACUCAUAUCCAUAGCUAGAACUAUGACUGCUGGAGGAAUAACUGAUUUAAGGGGUCAGUACAUGUGCUGAUUGUGUAUCAGAUUGUUUUAUCUGACACACCGAGUGUCCAUGAGGUGUCAUUUCCAAAUACCUAUUUAAAGCUACAGUGUGUAGGAUUUGUGGUCAUCUAGUGGUGAGGUUGCAGAUUGCAUUAUGCAGGUGCUGGUUAGGAUUUUGUUUCUUUAAUGGGGAUUCAUGUUCCCUUGCUUUAUCUUGUGCUAAGCAGUAUCUUAUAAUGUGCUGUUUCACAAGCGUUCUCAAACUUAACAGCCUGGAUGACCAACCAUUAGACGUUGUAUGGCAGUGCAACCACUGAUUCCUUUUCUUCUUUUUUAUUUUUUUUUCCUCCUUCUUUCGGUUGGUCUUCAUAUGUGCUGUAAAAUACAAUAUGCAGCAUAACUAUGUCUCUUUUGGACUACUGUAUCAACAUGGAGCCUCCGUGAGGGAAUCCAAUCUCAUGUAGAUAUGUAGAAGGGCUCAUUCUAAGCUUAUGAAAACAUUGAUUUGUUCAUUAAUAUUCGAUACCUUACUCCAAUCAAGGAUCACAGAGAUGCCAGUAGUCACAGGGUGUUGCAGGACGAACACAAAUAGACAGACUCAUUUGGGCACCUACAGUCAGUUUAAAGUUUCCAGUUCACCCAACCUGCUUGUCUUUGGAAAUGGGAAGAAGCUGGAACAAACCUACAUGCUCCCCCCCCCCCCCCCCCCCCCAAAAAAAAGAAGGGACUAGACAGGAAGCAACCCCAGGAACUUCUGUGAGGCAAAAGUGCUAACCACUAAGCCACUGCAAUUUGUUGGUGUGUAAUAUACAGUGAGCAGAUGGUUGUGAACACUAUCUGCUAAUAAAUGCUCCUGUGACUUACACACUGUAGCUUUAAAUAUGGAAUCACAAUAGCCUUUUAUUGCAAACUGCAAAAUCUUUGUUUCGCAGCUAUCUGGGGAAAACAAUAAUUGUCAAAAGUAGUGUCCUGAGCUACGUGACAUGUGUUCAGUAUUGGUCAUAUUGAUCUUUUUGUUUUUGUAGAAAUUGAAUUUGUACUUUUUAUUCUGUAAUUGAAUUUUGUUUUCAUGCAGGAAGGUUUUUUUUUUAUUAUUUUGUCAUCACAAAGCCCAUUUUCAGUACUGUACACUACAUCCAACUGAAGCACUUUGUCUUUUCGUCCGUCACUAGGGCUGCAACGGACUAUUUUCAUAAUCGAUUAAUCGAGAAAAUAACUGAUUAAUCUUCUGUUUGUCUGGUCUAUAAAAUGGUGCAAAAUGUCAAUGUCUUGAAAUAUUCACUUUCCUGUCAGGAGUAAAGAUACUACUGAAACUAGAAAAUAUUCACAUUUAAGAAGCUGAAGUCAGAAUUUGGAUUUUUUUUUUUUAAGGACUUAAUGAUUAAUCAAUUAUCAAAAUAGUUAAUUUAAUAGUUAAUUGUUUAAACGUUGCAGUUCUACUUGUCACCUUCAUUUAAGUGCAAUACCACCUGUUUAUUCGAUUGUUUUAAUAAAGUUAUGUAAUAUGUAAA